AUGGCGCAAUCCCCGGAUGUUGUCCAACAGCCUUCCACUCGAUCCUCUCCUUCACAGUCUUUGCACGCCACCGGUCCUCGAGCUUCGGUCGAGACACUGGUCUCAUAUCUAGUCGCAGCCAAACGUUCAUUGGGCAGCAUUCAUCUCGUCCAUCGAGCCACCCACAUCCUCUCUGAAGCACGUGCCUCGGUCGAGUCGACCACCGCCCUCCUUGCCAAAGCAACCUAUCUCCGCCGGUCAUUGGCUUCUCAGUUGAAAACAUUACGUGGCGUACAAUUUGAACUAGAAUCGGCGGCACAGAUCGUCCAGCAAGAAUUCCAGGCGGUGAUCAAAGAGCUGGAUGAGACUGGUGCCCGGCUUCUCCAAUGCAUAGACUUCCUGAAGCAAACGAGGGUUGAGGAUGCCUUCCAAUCCAAUCCGGAGCGACAAGAUGCCGCCGAGAAGGAGACUCUGCAUGACUUUGUCGAUGACCGAGGGGUUGAGACCAUCAAACAGGCAAUGGAAGUGGCUAUAGAUAAUGUACAAAAUGCACAACGAGAAAUGAAUCAGUCCAUCAUCACACUCGAAGAAGAUCUGCAGUCGGUCAAUGAAGUGCUCAACAAUAGGUUCGAAACGUCGGGCACCGAAAGUGAUGUUCCAACUCCAAACAUAUCCUUGACUCUGUCGAUCCUCGAGAACCACGCAAGAGAAAUGGCCCAAGGACUCGAAAGUCUGGUCAAACACUUCGACCUGUGCGUUACCGCCAUAAAACACACGGAAGGCGGCGGUGAGGCCGUGGUGCAGACCGUGACCGCCAAUGCCGAAGAUCUCCCAGAUACGGUCGGGCUGGGUAUGGAUGAGCUGCAAGCCCCGGCACAACCCAUGAACGAAGAAGAACGGCUGGAAAUGCUACAAGUCCUCGAAAAUGACGCUGCCGAGGUCGACGAAGUUGUUAUGGAGUUACAAGAUCGCAAUGCUGAGAUGGAAGCACAGCUCGACAAAAUCGCCCAAUGGCGGGAACGACAGCAGAAUGCCUAUGAUGACGUCGCAACGGCGUUUAGGCUGCUUGAGAAAAUCUCAGGACGACUCUCGACCUACGUGGCCGAGACGGCCAGACAUGCCACCAAGUGGAGUGAAGAGAAGGCAAAGAUCGACGACGGUAUCGGGGGGAUGGAAGAACUAUGCGACUCCUACGCCAACUUCCUCCACGCAUAUGACGGACUGAUCGUCGAGGCCGCACGACGCCGGACGGUCAAGAAACAAAUGGAGCGCGUCGUGGCCGACGCCCACUCUCAACUCGAGCAGAUGUACGAACAAGAUCGGAAGCUCAGGCUGGAGUUCAAAAAUGAUUUGGGAGAGUAUCUCCCCAGCGACAUCUGGAGUGACGUCAACGCCUUACCGCCGCGGUAUGUGAUCAACAGGGCCGAUGACGAAGAACAUGUCGCCAGUAUGCCUGAGCUGCCAAGGAAAACGGUCGAAGAUGCUUUGCGCAGGUUGAAGAAGAAGAGAACUGGCGGGCCUCCGGCGAGUUGA